AUGGACAUCCUUCCUGGGAACAACGAAGAAUACUCACAAAAGAAAUACUGGGAUGACCGCUACACUUCAAGCGACGAGCCUUUCGAUUGGUUCAAAUCAUUCAAGGAUAUCAGCUCUAUCAUCGAAGAGCUUAUCCCAGACAAAUCCUCGAGAAUUCUAAUGCUAGGCUGCGGAAAUUCAACUUUGAGUGAGGAGAUGUACGAUGCGGGCUAUCAGAACAUCGUCAACGUCGAUUAUUCAGAAGUCAUCAUCAAUAAGAUGAAAGCAAGGAAUGCGUUACGUGAGCGAAUGAGCUGGAAGGAAAUGGACGUAAGGGCGCUCGAAUUCGAGAAUGAUUCGUUCGACGUUGCGAUAGACAAAGGGACUAUGGACGCCAUGUUGGCUGUCAAAGGCGAUGUGUGGAACCCUCCCCCGGCGGUGGUGGAUGAUUGUAACAAAGAAGUGGGCGAGGUUAUGCGGUGA